UCCGUAACUAUAAAUAAAGUAGAUGCAAACUCUGAUGAAGAAGAACCGCCAUAACGAGACUAGUUCUCAAGCAAACAGCAAUCGAACUUUCUGGAUAGUUCAUGUUAGUUAAUGUUAAUCAAUUUACUAAUUAAUCAUUAAGCAGAAGCAACAGAGCACCCAAAACCAAAAUGAGAGGCUCCAAGACUGUCGUUAGCGAUACUGACUCGUCCGCCACCCAGUCUGACAGCUCCGCCACCAAGACCGAUUCUGACAUGAUCGACGGUGAAGACGAAGAAGUUUCCGCUCCUUCCCCCGAUUCAUGCCCCUUCUCCGAAGGCGAGAAGGUGCUCGCUUUUCAUGAGACCCAAAUUUACGAAGCCAAGGUGACCAAAGUCGAUUUCAAGAUGAACGAAUGGAGAUUUUAUGUUCAUUACCUUGGAUGGAGCAAAAAUUGGGAUGAGUGGGUACACUUGGAUCGUCUGAUGAAAAACACUGAUGAGAAUGUGAGGAAACAAGAGCAGCUCAAUGCGAACCAGAGAACACACAAGAAUGCAAAGCUACCACGCACGUCACAGACUAAACAAAAAGGUUAUUAUGCUAUAGAUUUAUUCCUUCCAUGCAAGUAUGGAAUGGAUUACAAUUUUUGUAAUAAACGACUGGUUGAUGAUUGUGAAUUCAUUACUCAUCUGGGCAAGCUUGUUAAACUUCCACGAACUCCUAACGUGGAUGACAUAAUGAAGAAGUAUCUAGAUUACAGAUCAAAGGACACUUUGAAGAAAACUCAUUCAGUUGAAGAAAUCCUGAAAGGACUGUGUUGUUACUUUGACAAAGCACUACCAGUAAUGCUUCUGUACAAAAAUGAACGUCAGCAGUAUGAGAAAGCAAUUGCACAUGAUGCCUCUCCAUCAUCUGUAUAUGGUGCUGAGCAUCUGUUACGUCUAUUCGUUAAGCUCCCUGAGUUAUUGUUGAAUGCUAACAUUGAAGAGGAGACACUGAAGGAUUUGCAGCAAAAAUUGGUCGACUUCCUCAAGUUCCUACAGAAGAAUCAGAAUGCAUUUUUCCUCUCUACCUAUCAUGUACCAGAUGAUGUUGAAGCGAGCACCAACAAACCAGAUGUCUAAGCGGGGGCAUACUAGCAACAAUUUGUACAUAAUACCAUAUAACUACAGCUGUUGUGCUGUGUCUCAGCGCCGUUUUCAACUUCUGCGCUCCAAAAGCUGUUGAAGCCUAAUAUGCUAGUGUUGCACGUAUUACAAUCCUCUAUGUUCAUGUAAUUGGUAUGUCAAAACUUUAGAAUAUGUAACUUAUGUAGUUAGAACAUGCCUAAUGCCUUGUAAAAUUCUACUGGACACGGAAUGUAUCCUUUGUGCAAUGAUAGUUUUGCCUGCCUGUGGGCUGCGACGCUUUACUGAUUUGUUCUCGAUAAA